UAUCGGGAUGAGACUUGCUCAGUCUGGCCGCCUUCAAUAACCAAAGCUCGAUCCGGUCAUCUUCUAGCGACAGAACCAGAUCGCCAAUAUCGUUCUUCUCCUCGUGGCCGUUCUUGUCGUCUUCCGCUCAUCAAAGGAAGUCAUACAUUCAUGAAACUCAGCGUGGUACUUGCUUGACUACCUGACCAAAGUGAUACUCGAGAACUUGAGAAAUGCAAUCAUCCAACUCACAACCACAGCCAUGAACCAUCUCAGCAGUCUCUACGAGCAACUGCUACGGCUGCCAACGAGCCUCCCAGGCCCAGGCUACUUUGCCGACCAUGCAAAAGAAGUCGUCUUCUCCGUGAAGGGUGCCGCUGCCCUCAUCUGCGCGGCCGCCUCUCUGCAAUCAUGCAGUAGUCUACCAUCAUCAUCAUCAGCUCCGUCCUCACAACACCAUGACGGGCAACACCCCUCUGAACUCCCCUACUACGGUCUCAGCCCGCCGUUUUACCCCACCCCUGUCGCCAACGGCACCUCCUCCUCUCGCUGGUCAUCCGCCUACCAGCACGCCCUCGCGCUCACCUCGCAAAUGACGCUCUUGGAACUCCAAAACCUCACUCGCGGUUUUCCUGGUCCUUGCGUGGGAAACACGGGCUCAAUCGACCGCCUAUCCAUACCACCGCUCUGCUUCUACGAUGGCCCCUCCGGUGUGCGCGGCCAGGAAUUCGCCUCCGCUUUUCCCGCGGGCAUUCACCUCGCCGCGACAUGGGACGCAGACCUUAUGUACCGCUACGGCCAGGCCGUGGGCGCUGAGUAUCGCGGUAAAGGGGUGAACAUUGCCCUAGGGCCGCUGGCGGGGCCGUUGGGACGGGUGGCAAAGGGAGGGAGGAAUUGGGAAGGGUUGGGGAGUGAUCCGUACCUGGCUGGCGUUGGGAUGGGGAGGAUCGUGGAGGGCGUGCAAGGGGAGGGGGUUAUUGCUACUGCGAAGCAUUUCUUGCUCAACGAACAGGAGUAUAGACGAAGAUGGGGACAGGAUGCGCCCGAGGGAGAAGGACAUGCCAUCAGCGCGAAUGUUGGGGACAGAGCGCUGAGGGAGUACGUCUGGCCGUUUAUGGACGCACUGCGCGCGGGUGCCGGAGCCGUGAUGUGUGGAUAUAAUAGGGCGAAUCACAGCUAUGUGUGCCAGAACUCCAAGUUACUGAAUGGAGUACUCAAGACGGAGUUGGGGUUUGAAGGAUUUGUGGUUACUGAUUGGGAUGCGCAGAUGAGCGGGGUCGCGUCAGCCAACGCCGGAGCGGAUAUGGUGAUGCCACGGGACGGGUUCUGGGGCGAGAAGUUGAUCGAAGCUGUAAAGAACGGAUCGGUGGCCGAGGAGCGCUUGAACGACAUGGCGACCCGCGUGCUGGCGGCGUGGCUAUACGCCGGCCAGGACGACGGGACCUACCCACCCGUUGGUGUCGCGCCGGGCGGUCAGCUGCCCGACCCCAUUGACGUACAAGCGGACCACGCGGAUCUCAUCCGCGAAAUCGGAGCGGCGGGCACAGUCCUGGUCAAGAAUGUCAACGGCACCCUCCCUUUAACCCAACCCAAAUUCCUCUGCAUCUACGGCUACGACGCCAUCGUCAAGUCCACUCCCUGGGAAAACCCUGACCGCUACGGCGGCGGCUACGACGUCAACCGCGGCUGGACCACCUUCAACGGCACCUUGAUCACCGGCGGCGGCUCCGGCAGCUCCACGCCCCCUUACGUCGUUUCCCCCUUCGAAGCCUUGUCCCACCGUAUCCGCAAAGAUCGCGGCAUGCUCCGCUGGGACUUCCACUCGGCCAACCCCUCCCAGCAAUACCUCAACGCGGACGCCUGCCUCGUCUUCAUCAACGCCUACGCCUCCGAGAUGUCCGACCGUUCUGCCCUCUCCGACGCCUUCAGCGACGACCUCGUGCUCAACAUAGCCUCCUGGUGCUCCCAAACCAUCGCCAUCGUCCACUCGGCCGGCAUCCGGCUCGUCGACCCGUGGAUCUCCCACCCCAACGUCACCGCCGUGCUCAUGGCUGGCUUACCCGGCCAAGAAUCCGGUAACAGUCUGGUAGACAUCUUAUACGGCGACGUCAACCCUUCCGGUCGUUUACCUUAUACGAUCGCCAAGAAGGAGUCCGAUUACGGGCAUUUACUCAACUCUUCCACCGGCCAAGAAGAGGGCGGCGACCCGUUUUUCCCCGAAGAUAAUUUUGUGGAGGGACUACACAUCGAUUAUCGCUUCUUCGACCGUCAUGGCAUCUCUCCCCGCUUCGAAUUUGGCUUCGGAUUGUCUUAUACCACUUUCUCUUACUCAGACUUGCAAGUUUAUGUUUCUAUCGCUCCCGGUGUCAUGGAAGAGACGACGAUGCCCUCCCUCGCCGCCACCCGGUUCGCCGAGUUUCCCGAUCCUGACACGCCUAUUAUCCAGGGCGGACAUCCGGACUUGUGGGAGACUUUGUUUGUGGUAAGGUGUCGCGUGGAGAAUUCAGGGGAUAAAUAUGAGGGAAGAGAAGUUGUGCAGUUGUAUGUUGGUAUUCCCGCUUCGGAUGAGGAGGAAGAGGAUAAGGAAACGCCGGUUCGUCAGCUGCGCGGGUUUAAACGCGUGGGACCGCUGGCGCCGGGGGAGGAUGGGGAGGCGGAGUUUGAGUUGACGAGAAGGGAUUUGAGCGUUUGGGAUGUGGAGAUGCAGCAGUGGCGGUUGAGGAGAGGGAAGUAUAAGAUUUGGGUGGGGGCUAGUAGUAGGGAUUUGAGGUUGAGUGAGACUUUUGAUAUUUGAGGGGAUGUGUUGAUACUAUAAAGGUAGCCAUGCUUGAAUCAAUGACUCGAUUAUGUC